AAUAAAAAAAAAACAAACAAGAAAAACUUGAUAUCGUCCUCGCCAGCGUGGGGAAAACGAAACCCCAAUUCGUCGAAGAAUUCCUUUUGUUCUGAUCUAUCCUCGACGAACAGAAGCGCCAACUCUGAAGAGCGCCUCUCAAUUCAGAUUUCUCGUUCUGCAAUUAGACACCCCUUCUAGGGUUUCCUGUACAGGUAUGUAGGUGAAGCUUAGGCGCUCACAAAAUUGGGAAUAAAGUAGGUCUGCUGAUUUGAAUUGGUCUGAGAGAGUUCACUGGGUAUGGAUGGGGAUGAACCAUGCGUUGUGAAUUGACGAAGCAAUGGAAGAGAGCAAACAUAAAUCUAGGAAGGAAGGGGAAGCUAAGAGGAGUCAUCGAGAUCGGGAUCGGGAUCGUGAGAAGGAGAAGAAAGUAGAUAGACACAGAGAAAAAGAUAGAGGAGAUAAGAGUCGUGACAGCCGACGAUAUGAGCGAGAAAAGAGUUCUGAUUCUGAGGAGAGGUACGUGAGAGAGAAGCAUCGAGAUAAGGAGGUUGAUAGCAUACGAAGCAGAGAUGAUGAACGAGAGAGAAGCAAAGAUAGGAAAAGGGAUAAAGAUAAAGAGAGGGACAAGGAGAGGGAGAGGGAGAGAGUCAAAGAAAAGGAGAAGAGGGAGCGGAAGGAGAGGGAGAGAAGGGAACGUGAAAGGGAGGCAGAAGAGAGGGCGAGGGAGAAGAGGGAGAGGGAAAAGGAAAAAGAUCGAGAGAGGAGGAUAAGGGAGAGGGAGAGGCAUAGGGAUGUUGAUACUGUUGAUUCUGAGGAUGAUCUUAGGGAGCGUGGUAGGAAGCGGCAUAAGAAGAGUGAUAGCGAGUACAAGGAGAGAGAUCGGGAAAGGAGUAUUAGUAGGUCAAACAGACAUAGGGAUGAUGGAAUUGAGAGCCCAAGAAAGAGGAGUGUUGAAGAUGAUUCAGAUAAAAAGGAGAAGCCAACCCGUGAGGAGGAGUUAGAGGACGAACAACGGAAAUUGGAUGAGGAAAUGGAAAAGAGGAGGAGGAGAGUUCAGGAGUGGCAAGAGUUAAAGAGAAAGAAGGAAGAAGAUGAGAGAGAGAAGCGUGGGGAAGAUAAUGUUGAUGACACCAAGUCUGGAAAGACCUGGACUCUUGAUGGAGAAUCUGAUGACGAAGAAGCAGGCAAAUCAGAGACAGGUAUGGACAUUGAUAGGGAGGUCAAUGGGGAUGAUCUUACUGAUGGAGAAGUUGUAGAUGCCAUCGUGCCAGAUAUUAAUACAACAGCUGCUGCAGGGAAUGAGGAAGUUGAUCCAUUAGAAGCUUUUAUGCAAUCUGUGGUGAUGCCCGAAGUUGCGAAGCUGAAUGCUACUGUGGAACCCUCAAUUGUUGAUGACAAGAACAAGGAGAAAAAGGUUGAUACAAGUAAUGGUGAAAAGCUGAGGGCAGGUUCAAAUAAAUCUAUUGGCAGAAUAAUUCCUGGGGAGGAUUCUGACUCGGAUUACGGGGACCUUGAGAAUGAUGACGAUCCUUUAGAAAAUGAAGAUGAUGAUGAGUUCAUAAAAAGGGUGAAAAAGACGAAAGCUGAGAAACUUUCCUUAGUUGACCACUCGAAGAUAGAUUAUAUACCAUUCCGUAAAAAUUUUUAUAUCGAGGUGAAGGAGAUCUCAAGGAUGACGCCAGAUGAGGUUGGUGCAUACCGGAAACAAUUGGAAUUGAAGAUACAUGGUAAGGAUGUGCCAAAGCCCAUAAAGAACUGGCACCAAACUGGACUUACAAGUAAAAUCUUGGAUAUAAUAAAGAAGCUCAACUAUGAAAAGCCAAUGCCAAUUCAAGCUCAGGCACUGCCCAUAAUUAUGAGUGGUCGAGACUGCAUUGGCGUUGGAAAAACUGGAUCAGGCAAAACCCUUGCAUUUGUACUGCCAAUGCUGAGGCAUAUCAAGGACCAGCCACCUGUGGUAGCUGGGGAUGGGCCUAUUGGGCUUAUUAUGGCACCAACCAGGGAGCUUGUUCAGCAGAUUCACAGUGAUAUCAAAAAGUUUGCCAAGGUUCUGGGUCUCAGGUGUGUGCCUGUAUACGGAGGUUCAGGUGUUGCACAACAAAUUAGUGAACUGAAGCGGGGUGCUGAAAUUGUUGUCUGUACUCCUGGUAGGAUGAUUGACAUACUUUGCACAAGUGGAGGAAAAAUUACAAAUCUGCGUAGAGUAACUUAUUUGGUCAUGGAUGAAGCUGAUCGAAUGUUUGACAUGGGUUUUGAACCUCAAAUUACUCGAAUUGUUCAAAAUAUUCGUCCAGAUCGCCAAACCGUAUUAUUUUCUGCCACUUUCCCUCGGCAGGUUGAAGUUUUGGCUCGUAAAGUCUUAGAUAAACCUGUGGAAAUACAAGUUGGCGGAAGGAGUGUUGUGAAUAAGGACAUCAUGCAAUUGGUCGAAGUGAGGCAGGAACAUGAAAGGUUCUUGAGAUUGUUAGAGUUACUUGGAGAAUGGUAUGAAAAAGGAAAAAUUUUGAUAUUUGUACAAUCGCAGGACAAAUGUGAUGCUUUAUUUAGAGAUCUGCUUAAGCAUGGAUAUCCUUGUCUCUCACUUCAUGGGGCCAAAGAUCAAACAGAUCGUGAGUCCACCAUAGCUGAUUUUAAGAGCAAUGUUUGUAAUUUGUUGAUUGCAACCAGUGUUGCUGCUAGAGGGCUAGAUGUCAAGGAGCUUGAACUGGUGAUAAAUUUUGAUGUCCCAAAUCACUAUGAGGACUAUGUUCACCGUGUUGGACGUACUGGCCGUGCUGGCCGGAAAGGCUGUGCUAUAACUUUUGUCUCUGAGGAAGAUGCUAGAUAUGCUCCAGAUCUUGUGAAAGCAUUGGAACUUUCUGAGCAAGUUGUUCCAGAUGACUUGAAAUCUCUUGCUGAUAAUUUUAUGUCAAAAGUAAAUCAGGGACUUGCACAAGCCCAUGGGACUGGUUAUGGGGGAAGUGGCUUUAAAUUUAAUGUAGAGGAAGAUGAAGUAAGGAGAGCGGCAAAGAAAGCACAGGCCAAAGAAUAUGGUUUUGAGGAAGACAAGUCAGAUUCAGAAGAUGAAGAUGAAGGUAUUCGAAAAGCAGGGGGUGAUAUCUCUCAGCAGGCUGCUCUUGCUCAGAUAGCUGCUAUUGCUGCUGCCUCCAAAGCUACUACAGCAAUGCAGACUCCUGCUUCUGCUGCCCAACUGCUUCCCAACGGUGGACUGCCUGUCGCUCUUCCAGGUGUCGGUGGUGUAGGUGCAUUACCAGGAACAGCAGCAGUUGUGCCUGGGACUGGUCUGCCUCUUGUUGGCAGUGAUGGGGCAGCUCGGGCUGCAGCACUUGCGGCUGCCAUGAACUUACAGCAUAACCUGGCAAAGAUCCACGCUGAUGCAAUGCCUGAACACUAUGAAGCAGAGUUGGAGAUAAAUGAUUUUCCCCAGAAUGCUAGAUGGAAAGUCACCCACAAGGAAACGUUGGGCCCUAUAUCAGAGUGGACUGGAGCUGCAAUUACUACCAGGGGUCAGUAUUUCCCACCAGGGAAGGUUCCAGGACCAGGAGAUCGCAAGCUCUACUUGUUUAUUGAGGGCCCUACCGAACAGUCUGUCAAGAGAGCUAAAGCAGAAUUAAAAGGUGUUUUGGAAGAGAUCUCAAAUCAGGCAUUAUCACUCCCUGGAGGAAAUCAGCAAGGCAGAUAUCAAGUUAUAUAAGCGUGAGAACUUAAUCCCAACUCUAGGCUGUCUGGAAAUUCCUUGUUGGAGGCAACUGCUACUAUAUAUACGUGCUUCCUUGCUACAUCAGUGAACUCCUUAUUACAGAGAUCACUAGCCCUGCGCCUUCUGCUUUGUUGGCAUGCUGCGUCACUGUUUCAAAUCUGUAGUUGACGGAUGCUUCUAACUGUCUUCAUUGCUAUUCCAUUGUCCAUCAUUUUUAUUUGUUGUGAACUCUUUUAUGAUCUGAAGUCUUUUACUUUGUAGUAAACCAAUUCGUAUUGUUAUUAAUACUUCUAAUUUGCCUC